GCUGCCGUUUUCUUGAUACGGAGAGGCGAACGGGGCCUAGCGGAGAGGGCUGGGGGUGGGGGGGGUGCUGCCGGUCAGAGGCGGCUCCAGCCGGGGUGGGCGGGGCUUCCGAUGCCUCCGGCCCCGCCCCGGCCCCGCCCCCACCGCUCGCUCCGCGGGGCUUUCGCAGCUGCGGGCGCUGAGGGCUCCCGGCUCCGACCAUGGACGCCCUGGGGGCCCCGGCCCCAACCGCUGCCCCCGGCCCGGGGAGGAAGGAGCUGAAGAUCGUGAUCGUGGGUGACGGCGGCUGCGGCAAGACGUCGCUGCUCAUGGUGUACAGCCAGGGCUCCUUCCCCGAGAACUACGCCCCGUCGGUGUUUGAGAAGUACACGGCCAGCGUGACAGUGGGGACCAAGGAGGUGACCCUAAACCUCUACGACACCGCGGGUCAGGAAGACUAUGACCGCCUGCGGCCCCUCUCCUAUCAGAACGCUCACCUCGUGCUCAUUUGCUAUGAUGUCAUGAACCCCACCAGCUAUGACAAUGUUCUCAUCAAGUGGUUCCCUGAGGUGACACAUUUCUGCCGCGGGACCCCCAUGGUGCUCAUCGGCUGCAAGACAGACCUGAGGAAGGACAAGGAGCAACUGCGGAAGCUGCGCACGGCACAGCUGGAACCCAUCACUUACACACAGGGCCUGAGUGCCUGUGAACAGAUCCAGGCUGCACUCUACCUGGAGUGCUCUGCCAAGUUCCGGGAGAACGUGGAGGAUGUCUUUCGAGAAGCAGCCAAAGUGGCCCUCAGGGCACUGAAGAAAGCCCAGCGGCAGAAGAAACAGAGGCUCUGCCUGCUCUUGUGACCUCCGGGCUGGGGGAACUAGGACUGAGUGCCUGGAGCAGGCCUACGCCCAGCUCUGCAGCCCCUGGUGUCUGCAGCACGUCUUAGAACCUUCUGGAACUCUCCUCCGUGAACUCCCUUUGGGUUCACCCUGUAGUACAGUGGUGAAUGAGGGUACUGGAACCCGGGGUAUGUGCCCAGGACUUGAGGGCACUCGCCAGUACCUCCAGCCCCCAGCCCUGUGCCACUGUGCAGCUGCACGGGGUAAAUGUGGGUUUGGCUCUGGUCCACAGGGACACCCCAAGCCUGCAACUCCUGAGAUAAGCAGGGCCACAUCCUCCAGCCUCUUCCUCCAGCCACCCCCAUCUGAGGCCUCAGGGGGAAGAGGCCUACAGGAAAUUGCCCCCUUCCUCAUCCCACCAGGCCCACAUCCAUUCACUGAGGGCCCAGGUGCCCAGGGGGGGAAAACAUCUCUGAAAACUCAAGUGUGCCUGGGGGCGCACACCUGGGGCCAGCUGCACACACCUUUCCUAUAGGAGCCUCCCGUGGAAGGUUCCUCCUGCUCCCUGGGGACCUGAGGCAAGCCAUUCUCUCUGGAUUACCCCCAUGGGCUGGGCGAUGGGUCCGGUGGAUAGUUGUGUGGUCUAGACCCCUACCUACCACCCGAUGGCCUCUGCUUGGGCGGGGAUGUAGGGUUUGGAGCCCAGGCCCUGUCCCGGCUUCUUCAGAACUGACAGGCUCCACCCGUCCCCACAGGACAGUUGUCAAAGCUGGCCCACAGACUGCCUGUCGCUGACAGUCAAUUCCUCUGGGCUAUCCAGAUGAGUCAGGAUGCCACGAUACUUCUGAACCCACCCCCAAGGCUCUCCUGUCCCCUAGGAAGUCAACUAAGGGCCCCUUUGUUUCUGUGGAGUCCACAGCCGCAAAGACAAUUGAUGGUGUGGGGCAGAGGUCAGCAAACCACAGCUGAGGCCUGGGCUGGCCAACUGUCUGUUUUUGUAAAUAAAGUUUUAUUGGAACAAGGCCAUGCUUGCUUAUGCACCG